ACAAAAAAAGGUUAGCUUACUCUCUCUGUCUCUUCCUCCUCCGACCUUGUCUCCUGAAUCCAUCCAAAAGCUUUCGUGAGUCGGUACAUCCAAUGUCUGUAAUCGUCAAGGAGGAACCUGUCCUUGUCCCUAACUGCGAUGUCGUUGAGAACUCAGAGCUUGAAGUUGUCAACGGAGAGGAGGAAAGUAAGCUUGAGGAUUAUGGGACUUGUGUAGAUGUUAUAACCGAUAGAGUCAAUCAGCUUGAGCAAAAAGUGGUGGAGGUGGAACAGUUUUACUCUACCAAAGAUGGAGCAGGUCACACAAACACUUCUAAGAGUAACUCUGGCGGGAAGAAGGUUGCUAUAUCUCAACCCUCGAGGUGUAGCUCUGCUGGGAAAGAGAAAACAAGAGGGAAACAUGUUUCUAGCCCUGAACUUAUGCGUCAGUUUGCUACAAUUAUUCGUCAGAUAGCUCAACAAAAAUGGGCUUGGCCGUUUCUGGAACCUGUUGAUGUUGAAGGGCUAGGACUCGAUGAUUACCAUAAGGUUAUAGAGAAGCCAAUGGAUUUGGGAACUAUUAGAACGAAAAUGGAGGGUUCUGAGUAUAGCAAUGUCCGGGAGAUAUAUGCUGAUGUUAGGCUAGUUUUCAAGAACGCAAUGAGAUAUAACGAAGAGAAACAUGAUGUCUAUGUGAUGGCUGAAUCUCUGUUGGAGAAGUUUGAGGAGAAAUGGCUUACCAUUAUGCCUAAACUCGUCGAAGAGGAAAAGAAACAAGUAGAGGAAGAGGCUCAGGAUCGUGCGAGUAAGCAGCUUGCUGUGGAGGCUGCUCAAGCAGAAAAAGCUAGGGAUUUAAGCAACGAACUGUAUGAGAUCGAUCAGGAGCUUGAGAAACUUCGAGAGGUAGUGGUUCAGAAGUGCAGAAAGCUGUCUACUCAAGAGAAGAAGGGGCUUUCUGCAGCUUUAGGUCGUCUCUCUCCUGAGGAUUUGUCUAAGGCUCUAAAAAUGGUUUCAGAGGGAAACCCACAAUUCCCUGCUGGAGCACCAGAAGUGGAGCUUGACAUUGAUCUUCAGACUGAUGUUACCUUGUGGAGGCUGAAGGUGUUUGUGCAAGAAGCAUUGAAAGCAGCUAACAAGAGCUCUGGUGGAACAAACGCCCAAAACAACAAUAAUGGUGGAGAGAUGAACAAGACCGCUGCCAAAAGAAAGAGACAGAUCACUGAUGCACUAACUAAACUUAAAAAAGCCAAGAAUGCUUGAAUCCCUUUUUUUUUCUGUUCUCUCUCUCUCUAAUCUAUGUGUGUUUAAUCCCGCAAGGAACAGAUGAAACUGGUAAAACAUCAAUCUAAAUUAGAGAGACUUUCCAGUUCCUUUGCACGUUUGGGUUUCAAACC